AUUCACAGAGCUGUCAUUGUCAUUUUUCUUGUCAAUCAAUUUUUCCGUCUUUUUGGAAAUACUAAAACUACAAUUUUACGAUUUAUACUGCUACUAAGAUAUUACAAGCAUAAGGGUAUAUUUAAAUCGCAACAAUCAGUACCGUCAACGCCUGCACCAAUUAUUGUCAAAAUGCCGCUUUGGGAGCUGGCACAGGCAGCUGGGCCCUUUGUGAGGCUUGCUGGCAUAAGUGGUGCGAGCGCGGUAGUGCUCGGUGCUAUGGGGGCUCAUCGAACUUUCCCAGAGACUGAGAAUAAAGAAGACCUUAAGAAAAUCUUUGAAACAUCAAACAGAUUUCACUUCCUUCAUACCCUGGCUUUGAUGACUGUGCCCCUUUGCAGAAGACCUUAUAUUGCUGGGGCAUUCUUCGUGGCAGGAAUGGGUUUAUUCUGUGGUACAUGUUACUAUCAUGCAUUCACUGGGGAUCGCUGCUUCCGUCGUCUAACACCUAUAGGUGGCUCCUGUCUUAUUUUAGGAUGGUUGGCAAUGGUACUGUAAGCCCAAAAGUUGUCAGUUUAUUUAUAUUUAUUGUGGUGUUUUGCUAGUGAUUACAGUAAAUAAUAUAAUAAGUAGGGUAGGAUAAUUUCUCCAAGUUUUUUAAAAUUUAGUUAUUGUUAUUAGAUAAUGAGUAUAAGUUGAAAAUAUAUAUUCCACUGUACUUUUUAGCUUUAAUAUAGGGUUCUUGGUUUAAAAGGGGUGGUGCAGAUUAUCUGCAAGAAAUAUUAUAUUAAACAGUGUUUGGUGUAUAUCAUGAGUGGUAUUCCUACAGCAGACUUGCAUAUUUUAUUUCAUUGAGAUUAAAAUGUUUAUAUAAUUUCCUAACAAAUUGUAAAACUAUGGAUGGGCAGUAUAAUAUAUACUUGUUAGAGCAGUAUAAUCUUAUGAACCACCAGCACAAAAUCAUUAAACUAUCACCAACAUCAAAGUACAAACAGUUUCAAGAGGAAAGAACUUCUUUUAUUUCUUUAAGAAAAUCUUUUAUUUUUUUUUAUUGCAUUAUGACAUGAACUAAACAUUAAUGAAUACUUUGAUCAAUAAAUAUCUGUUAAAAGUAUGUGAAUCUAGAUUUAGGUUUCAUUUUGACAUCUCAUUACUAGUGUAAAAAAUAUUGCUUCUGUUAUUCAAUGGGUGUCUAUGUGAUCUUGAAGAAUUUAAUUGUUUAUUUAAUUGUUCCAAACUACUUGGAAGUUUAUCAUUUAUGUAUUAUAAAAUAUAGUCAUGACAUAUUUCUGUACACAUUUAUAUAAAAAAAUUGAUAAUGAAGUCAGCAAAACAUUUUUAAUGCAAUUGCUGUAUCAUUUAGCAAUUUUAUAUAUAGAAUAAACUCUAGAAACAAGAUGACAUUUAUUAACAUUUAAAAACUAAGCCCCUUUGUACAAAAGGCUAUGCAUAUUUCCAAUACCCAGCCAAAUAUGAAUACAAAUCAUAUGAGGUUAACACACAUAGUCACGCCGUUGAUGUUUCGUUUAUGCGUCGCCGAUUAUAGUUGUACGCGACCUUGCGGUCGAGAUUGCCGCUGCUAACAUUGCUGCGUUUUUUAAGAUGGGAGAACAUAUAUUAUGUUGGCGCAGUAACCAAUAUGUCUAUACUGGCAGACUAGAGGACACACUGCUCACAGUUAAAUGCCUUGUGUACACUAUGCAACGAAAGAAACAACUUUAGUAUCAGAGAUUUGGGUAGCCUUGUGUGAAAAGGGGCUUAUGCUAAGGACUCACUCACAAUCUGAUAAGUGAUAUUGUGUAAAAAAUAUUUACAUAAAUAACUUACAUAGAUUAUUUUUAAUGUUAUUAUUGUGUCUACAUAAUUGUAGUUACUUAUUAUACCUAUAU